AUUUCAAUUUGACAUUGACAGUCGGACCGACGGGGAAUAUUGAAUUGAUUUGGAAUUUGAUUGUAGUAGGUGAAGAUAUUUAUCAAAAUUAAAAAUAAUUAUAACAUAAAUAAAUAUGUGAGUAAAUACAAUUGUAAACGGUAUAACUAAAUAAAAAAACAUUAAUUAUUAUUACACACUACAUCGGAUAAAUCAAAAUACGGCAUAAAAUAAUAAUUUCAAAACAACAAAGUGUACGUGGUAAAAAAUCCCUAAAAACGAAGUGAAAAUGGUUGAACCGGAAAAACCUUUCGCGUGUUCAAUGCCAGACUGUGGAAUGACGUUUACUAACGAGGAUCAUCUUCACGUACACACAAAAAAGCAUGACAUGGUUUUGCAAUUUGGUUUGGAGCAAAAAUCCGCUUUUGUUGCGGACCAGACCCCCACGCCGACGCGGUUCAUCAGAAACUGUGAGGAAGUCGGACUGUUCCUCGACCUGCCAAAUGACAACCCGUUUGAGGAAGGCUUCAAACGGGCCAUGGAGACGGCAAAACACGGCCUGCCCUCGAUGGAUCACCCACAGCAGAGCACCGAAGACCUCCACACUCCACAGAUGUUCCCCGUCAUUGACCAGACUGACUCGGCUUUGUACAGUAACCAGAGGAAUAUAACUAUUAGCAGAUCAUCAAGCGACGAAUCAGGUGCUGUGAAAGAAUAUGAAACUACCACGAUAUCAAAAUUAACGAACGAAGUCACAACAAUUAGUAGAAGAGUAGAAAAACAUGACACAGACAAACAUACAGACGAUACAAGCAAAAAUAUAGACAGAAACAGAGAUAUAUCAGAAACUUCUGUUUCUUACACAAAUAAUGUUAUAAAAAUUAGAAAGGAUAACACAUUUAAUGUUGAAUGUAGCAAAAAUGGACACAAUAACUUUAUAUCAUAUUCUGAUUCUAUAAUAAAAGACGUUAACAUAGCGAAAGAUGUGAUUGACUUAGAAAAACUACAAGUACCGCCUAUCAUGAGUCAAAAAUCCAUAGACAAUGUUGUCGAUAGUCUAACAUCAGAUUUAUGCAAGAAUGACGAAGUGAAAAAGACAGAUAACAAAAGUGAUAAAAUAGAUUUAGAAGAACUUACUGUUACUAUAACUUUGCCCACCGGUAAAAAAAUAAAAAUGAAAUCUGUCGAGGAAACUCCCAAAACUAUAAAUAUUAAAACGAAAGAGAAAUUGAAAAACACAAUCAACAGUAAGGUGCAAACGAUACCUGUUAUUCAAAAUAUAGGCACUUUAAUACCUGUGACUUUAGUACCUCAAGUUUGUAACAAAAUACCUAUAAUGCCGUUACCCACAGACAAAAGUAAGGAAGUGAGGACGCAAAUAAAAAGGAGGAAGGUUAAAAAUGUGGCGGGAGAAGAUGAUGAUUGUGUAAUGGUUGAUGUUCAGGAGAGAGAGAAGAAAACAUUGACAAGAGAAGAUUUGAAUUCGAGGGUAGCAGCGUCUAGAAGAUAUAGGGUACGUCUAAGAGAGACAAUGAACCACCAAGUGUCUGAGAUUAAACGCCUGAAAGAAUCAAACCAGAGACUCAUCGCCGAGCUAGCGGCAGUGAAAUCUAUGCUCACAGACCAUAUGAAAAGAUGUCCCAUCGCGAGCGAACUGCGAAUACAGAAGACGCCACACAUUCCAGACACAACCUGAUUACCUUAGUUUAUUUUUAUUUAUAUAACAGUCCAUGCGUAAAGUUUGUGAGGAUGUAUGUGUGUAUGUGUAUGUUUGUUAGUCUUUAACGCAAAAUCUACUGGACCGAGUGUUAUGAAGUUUUUGCCAUAGCCUCAAAACGGUCUGUAUUAUGAAAAAGAUAAAUUUAAAUGAUAUUGUCAAAUAUAUUUUUAUAAGGAAUGAAUUAUUUAUUGCAUUGAAUUUAAUAAACAUAUAAAUUGUUAAAUGUUUUUUAUUAUUUAUUUUCAAUCAUUACGCGUUAAAUAUUUUUUGAUUUCUGAUUUUAUUUUAUGUGAUAGAAGUAAAAAAAUACGAACAUAACGUCUCAACUGAUCCGGGUUAAGCGGAGUUACAAAAUUCUAUGACAUAUUGGGCAUAAAAAUUGGUUUUAUUAUUAAAUGAAACUAAUUUUUUAUAACAAUAUCUCUGUAAUUAUGGCACUUCAAAAUUUGACAAAAACACUUGCUUUUUAUAGGUACUUAGUAUCGAAGCUAUGGAAAAUGUGGAAUUGACAAAUUAAUUUCAGGAGAAUUAUUAAUAUGACAUUAUUUUGUUAUAAACAUUUUAAAAUAAUAUUUUUUUAUAGUUUUACAAUGCCACAUGUUUAUUGCUAAAUUAAUAUAAUAUUCCUGACAUACACACCCAAAAUAUUUAUAGUUACUGACCAUAUUUAAAUAUAUAGAAAUGAACUAAUGACACAUGUUAUCCCACUUAUAUAUUUCGUAAAUAUACAUAUAAAUAUAUUUACAAAAAUGAAACGGGAAGAUCCAUCAACAGUUCAUUUCAAGCCCUUAUAACGUAAUUAAAAUAUAAUCAGUAUUACAUAAAUUUUCCUUAUCAUAAAAUCCUCGUACUCUGCAAAGAUUCACGUAAUAAAAAAUCACGUAAUAAAAUUUCUAUAUUCACGUAACUUUUUGUACAAUUAGCUUUAGAAAUAAUAAAAUUAAAACAUUUUUUAUUAUUAAAGAAACGUUACAUAAUUUUAUAAUUGCGUUUCUUUUUCGAUUUAAACAUUUUUCAUUACGACUUUGUGAGUAGGAAGUUUUUAAUUUAAUAUAAAUAUAACACCAACCAACGAAUAACAUGAGAAAAAUAACAAGAGGGCCACGAUGUCUUCCAUCUCGGAGAGAGCAUUAAUAAAUUGCUUUUUUUUUUUGUUAAAAAUAUGUAAGUACUAAUUUUGUUUAUGUACAAAAUGGUAAUUGUUGAAAAAUAACAUUUCCAACCAUUGAACGAUUACAAUUUAUGUUUUUAUAUGUAUAUUCUGUGAAUGUUUUUUUUUUU